GUUACUAUCCAUCCGUGUGAGUUACGUCACCAUCGUUGCUGUUCGUGUUGUUGGUUGUAUACAUACGUCACGUUUUAUCACGUGCUAUGCUUUGGCUGCUUCGGCUGUUGUCUGUUUAUUCCGUAGAGAUCAACGUUACGUAGGGGUCGGUUUAAUCUCGGCUGGGUUUCGGGCACUUUGGGAAAGUUAUGCUGUCGGUGAAGCUACUGUCAUGCGUACGGUCUGGAUGCCGUUUGCAGCGCGUUCCUUGUCUAGACGCUGUGCAUCUUCGAUGCAGCUCGUCCUUCUUCACGGAGCAGCAUGAGGAACUUCGCCGAAGUGUCCGCAAAAUAGUAGAAAAGGACAUCAAUCCGUACGUCGACCAAUGGGAGGAGGCCGGGCAGUUCGACGGCCGCACGCUCUUCAAGAAGAUGGGCGAUGCUGGUCUGCUGGGGAUCACGCGUCCCGUCGAGUUUGGUGGGCUGGGCCUGGACUACAGCUACACGGUGGCCUUCCUUGAGGAGCUUGCCGCUGUCAACGCGGGUGGCGUCGUCAGCGGCAUCCUCGUCCACACGGACAUGUGCACCCCGGCGCUGUCAAGGUAUGGUUCUGAUGAGCUCAGGAAGCAGUUCCUAGCCCCGUCCAUUGCGGGAGACCUGAUCGGCUGCGUCGGGGUUUCCGAGCCAGACUGUGGCUCCGACGUUGCAAACAUCAAGACGACUGCGGAGUUGAGGGGCGACGACCUGGUGAUCAAUGGGGGUAAGAUGUGGAUCACCAACGGCUGCCAGGCGGACUGGAUGUGCCUGCUGGCCAACACGCGUCGGGACGGACCCCCCCACAAGACCAAGUCGCUCAUCUGCCUGCCCCUGAAAACUCCCGGGGUGACAGUGGCCCGUAGCAUCAAGAAGAUGGGGCACCACUCGUCAGACACAGCGCAGCUCUUCUUCGAAGACGUCCGGGUGCCGGCCAAGAACAUCAUCGGCGAGGAGGGCAUGGGCUUCAUCUACCAGAUGCUGCAGUUCCAGGAGGAGCGGCUCGCAGCCGCCAUCAACAGCGUGCCCGUGAUGGAUCGCAUCAUACAAGAGACGAUGGACUACUGCCGGCAACGCAAGGUGUUUGGUGCCCCACUGAUCCAGAACCAGGUGAUCCAGUUCCGACUUGCGGAACUGCAGACGGAAGUGGAGGCCCUCAGGGCCUUGUGCUACAGGGCCGCCGCGCUGAUGAUGGAGGGCGAGAACGUCACGCUGCUGGCCUCGAUGGCAAAGCUCAAGUGCGGCCGUCUGCUCCGCGAGGUGGCGGACUCGUGCCUGCAGUACUGGGGUGGCAUGGGUUACUCGCACGAGGUGCUCAUGUCGCGCUCCUUCCGGGACGCCCGGCUACUCUCCAUCGCCGGCGGCGCUGACGAAGUGAUGCUGACCAUCAUCGCCAAGAUGACCGGCUCGGCAGACAAGUAGCCCCUCCCACGGCCUCCCGUUAGAAGGGGAUCGUCACGCGCCCGAGGUGGCGGAGAAGUAGGAUCGGUUUGGUGCUGUGAUAGCUGGUUCCCAAUGUGGGAAACUUGCGUGGAAUGUGAUAAGAGUCAAAAAACAGAAAAACCUAGAGUUUGGAUGGCAGUCGCCGAGUUUCCUUUACCGGAACGAUAUUUACGCGAUGUGGCAUACGCUUGCAGUGAAUGCUGUGAACCGUAUUCCCAGGACCACUAGAGCAGAAUGGUAGGGGGCCCUCUUUGGUGCUUCGGUGUUUAUACCACGUUCCAUGCACGGUGCACAAUGCCGCCGAAACAACCGGUGCUGGUGUGCCACCUUUUCUCAGAGCGUCCGCGCAAAAAAGAUGGGAGAUCAGGAUGCGCGUUUGUGGUGUACGACUGAAUCGGAGUUUCCCCUCCCAGGGCAGCUUUUCAAUAGUGACAAACGUUCAUGAUACUGGAACACGGGCAUGUUUUACAAGGAUAUGGACUGCUGAUUGCGGCUCUUUUACUUCCCGGCGAACUACCGCUUUUAUUGCCUAUAGUUCCUAGAAGUGUGCCGUGCUACUCGAAGCAGUAUUUGCAGUUAAAAUGCGAGCCACGUCACUCGGGAAGGUGGUGAUGCGCAAACAGGCGCCGUUUUAGCUUGCUAAUACUGCGAAAGCUGGAUGUUUGUGACAGAAGGAGUUCAACAAUGGUGCCACCUCGGUUUUAGUCGCGUUCAUCUUAUAUUGUAGCGUAAUUGUGUCGAAUGUAUAUAUGCGUUAAAAUAAAGGGAUACUAUAUUGUUAAA